AUGUUACAAAAGGCAGAAAAGUGGGAAUCAGUUGUUUGUCCAGCUUCUAUUAAGAAAAUGAACAAGUUUGGAGUGGAUUUGAGGAAUUGGAAUGUGAAUCCAAGUGGACCAUCUAUUUUUGAAGCCAAGAAUGGAUUUGAAGGGUACGUGGUUGACUUACAAAGGAAAGUGUGCAGCUGUAGGCUUUGGGAUAUCUCAGGAAUUCCAUGUGUACAUGCACAGUGUGCAAUAUUAUUCACUGGACAAGAUCUUGUUCAAUCCAUAAGUGAGUGGUUCAAUGUGGACAGAGGUGUUGCAGUGGGUAAGGGAGGUGGUAAAGGUAGUAAAAGAGGUGGUAGGGGCAGUAAGACAUCUGUUGGAGUUGAUGAUGGUGGAGUGGCUCAAGUUGAAGGUGGUGGAGUGGCUCAAGUUGAAAAUGAGGAUGACACUAUUCCUGAAAAAUAUUUAGUCCAUCUAUGGAAGGCAAUGCAAGAUUUGAAACUAUUCGGGUAUUCAAUUGAAGAAAUUAAAAAUACCCUUAGUCUGACAGAUUCACACGUGAAACAACUCAAUGAUUACAAUGACACUAUUGAACAAGUUCUUCCUAUGUCUAUGGAGUAUCCACCUCAGACUGAGACAGAAGAUGUGGAUGAAGAAAUUAUCCCUGAGACACAACCAGAACAACCAGAAAGUGAAGAAGAAGAAGAAGAAGGCAUUGACGACACCCAUGAAUUACCAAUACACCUUAGGAUUGUGAAAAGAAGAAGGCCCUCUGAGAGGAUUGUUAAAACCAAGCUGAAGAAGAUCGGAUGUGUUGGGACUUCUGCAAAUUCAACCCAUGGCUCUGAUACCACUGUUGGGUUUUGA